AUGUCUUCUCCGUCAUACAUUGUAAAAGCCUUAUUAACCAGACUUAUAUUUGCCAGUCACAUUAUGGUGUCUGUUUGGUGGGUCGUUCAGGUGACCCUCAGGAAGGAUAUGUGGUAUCUUGGCUUUUUUGAUGCUCUUCUCUUCCUGGAAACGCUAUUUUCCUUGUUCUUCAGAAGAGGACAAGAGUACAAAUGGUAGGUAAAACCCUUUUUAAAGCAGUUCUUUCUAAAAAAAAAAUACCUUAAUUGAGAGCAUCUAUUGUCAGCAUGUAAAAUUAACGGUCACUCGCAGUAAUUUCAUGAUAAGUGCGGUAGCCACCAGAGCUGUAGCAAUAAAGCUGAUGUAUAGCCUCAGAAGGCUGGAACUACGUCUCCAUAGAAAAAUUAUUCGAAUCAUUUCUGACAAAAAAUUUAAAUUUAGAGUUACAUGUAAUAAAUAUAACAUGACAUUUCAUAGUGCGAACUGAUCAUUUUGGUAAUGAGGACCGAUUCAAACACAGUAUUGUUCGAUGUCUUUGGGAUAUCCUCUUAAGUUUCAUUUGUGUGUUCGGAGAUGAUGCAGUGGAUUUUUUUCUUUUUGCUCAGUAUGACUAACUCCAGUGCAAACCAAUUAGUAUUACAAGCAAAGUUCGCCCUUGCUCUAUAACUAGGAAUUAAAAAAAACCAAAAAACGCAUUACUGGUCCUUUAGACAUGGAAAAUCUGUAGUGUAGUGUUUCAUGAUUGUUGUUUCGUGCGCUCAUUUGCUGCUAUCCUCAGUGCAUUCAAGGAAAGGAAAAUAUGAAUAUUAACAUCCUCUGAGACAAUUAAAAAACCAAAAAACGCAUUACUGGUCCUUUAGACAUGGAAAAUCUGUAGUGUAGUGUUUCAUGAUUGUUGUUUCGUGCGCUGUGUAGUCAGCUUUAAUUUGCUGCUAUCCAUCAGUGCAUCAGUUCAAUGAAGGACUCCGCAGAAUAUUAACAUCCUCUGAGACACCAUUACUUAAUCAUUAACAGCGAGGUACAAUACAAUUGCUUUCCAAAAAACGCUUACAUCGGCUAAGAUCUUAAUUAUAGAACUGGAGAUAUAUUUCUCAAUUGCCGGUCUUUGAAAAAUUUCCAUUCCAGCUACAGGGGAAAAUGAUAUUUGAUGUUUUUAAUAAUCAACAAAAAACAGCUUACCCUUUCUUAACAUAAAAGUGACAACGAAAGCUGUGAUUUUCUGGGGCGCGUUCAUUAUUUUAAGUUCCUGUAAAUGUCAUCAGGAAUAUAUCAUUCCCAUAAGUGCAAAUUUUCCGCUGGUGGUAUUCUAUUAAUUUUUGAAAGAAUACCUGGAAAUAAAAUUCCAUAUAGUAUUGUAGCAUUUGUCAAGUAAUUUGUCUUUCUAAACAAUCGAAUGAACUUUUUGUCUUAGAACCAUUUCCCAAAUGAAUUGUUUAAAACAGGUCUCCGGGAAAAUCUCUUCCUAAAUUGUUUCAGUGCUGAUUGACUUGUAUUGUUUAAAAUUACAAGAAAAACAAGGAAAAAACAAAAACAUGCACGCAAGCAAAAUAGAACAAAAUCGAACUUUCUUGAGACAAAAACAUUAGACUUGAGAUAUACGUCAGUUAUGUUGUGUUCGCUACUUACCCGAUAGUGCGCCAGAUGAAAUUGUCUUUUCUAUAGCUGAAGGUAGCCGAGACAACAAAAAACUGCUGGCUGAACUGAACUGGUUUAUAAUUUUCAUUAUAUUUUAUAACGACGGAUAUUACAAUGUAAUUGCAAUGAUGUUGACGUUGUAAAGAAGUUUAAAAACAAAGUUUCGGUCAACGUUAAUUUGCAAGAAAGACAUUUCGCAACUUUUGUCAGUUCACUACCUGAGACUGGGUAACUAGCUCGUCCUUCUUACGGAUCGAUAGAUACAUGAAAAAACUGACUAGCCUGUCACUAGUGAUUUACAAUCUAUUACGGAAGGAUCAUUGAACCUUUGAAAGUAUUAAUCAGUUCUUAACAUAAGGAGAAAGUGUGUUUUUGUACAUUCUAAACAGAUAUACAGCUACCCCGAAAAGGAAGGUUCUAAGUUACCCGUCCUUAUUUAUUUUACUCUAAGCUUUGUUAAUUAAAAAAACUUAACUACUCGUCAAAAUUUUUGCUAGAAUGCGCUAAAAACGGAAGGAUUAAAUAAAUAUUUUAUAUCCACGUCCUCCCACACUGUCUUCUAUCUAGUCCCAAGUACCGUUUACUGUUCUGAGAUAAUAAAAACUCACUUUUAAUUAAGAUAUGAUAUCGAUUCUUGAAUUUUAUAUACGGGAAAAGUCAUUGGGAACACGAACGUAAACAAAAACAUGAUUCCUCCCAAAAACAUCUUUUAACCUCUCUCAGCAGGACAUAACAUUCAAAAUCAUGUUUGGAAUCAUGUUCAACUGUAAGCGUUAUUUGAUAAUCAUGUUUUCGCUAUCUUAAGCUGUAAUUCAUAGUCCUUUAUCCCGCAAUAGCCCUCAAGAAAGUUUCAACAAAUGUUAAAAAGUCAAGAAGAACCGAUAUU